CCGGUGCCGUUCGUGGGUGCCAGCCGCUGCUUUUCUUCAUAAAGAAUUGGCGAGGAAAAAUCAACAGGAACGCGCAGGUGAAGAGAAGCGGCGUCAAAGAGCACCAUCCUCAUCCAGGUCUCCGACAGGUGUCUUCGUGCCCUGCUAAUAUGUCUGAUGCUCUUGCAAAUGCAGUAUGUGAACGCUGCCAGACUCGAUUUGAUCCUGCAGAGAGGAUUGUGAACAGCAAUGGGGAGCUCUUUCAUGAAAACUGCUUUGUCUGUGCUCAGUGCUUCCGUCAGUUCCCAGAUGGACUUUUUUAUGAGUUUGAAGGUCGGAAGUACUGUGAACAUGACUUCCAGAUGUUGUUUGCUCCUUGCUGCGGUGAAUGUGGUGAGUUCAUUAUUGGGCGUGUUAUCAAGGCAAUGAACAAUAACUGGCACCCAGAAUGUUUCCGCUGUGAGCUCUGUGAUGUAAUACUUGCUGACCUGGGUUUUGUGAAGAAUGCUGGCAGGCAUCUGUGCAGGCCAUGCCAUAACCGUGAAAAGGCUAAGGGAUUGGGCAAGUACAUCUGUCAGAAGUGCCACCUGAUAAUUGAUGAGCAGCCUCUGAUGUUUAGGAAUGAUUCCUACCAUCCAGAUCACUUCAACUGCACCCACUGUGGGAAGGAGCUGACUGCUGAGGCCCGGGAACUGAAGGGAGAACUGUAUUGCCUGCCCUGCCAUGACAAGAUGGGAAUCCCCAUCUGUGGAGCCUGCCGCAGACCCAUUGAGGGACGAGUAGUCAAUGCUCUGGGAAAGCAGUGGCAUGUUGAGCAUUUUGUUUGUGCUAAAUGUGAGAAGCCAUUCUUGGGGCAUCGACACUAUGAGAAGAAAGGACUGGCUUACUGUGAAACUCACUAUAACCAGCUCUUUGGAGAUGUCUGCUACAACUGCAGUCACGUGAUAGAAGGAGAUGUGGUAUCAGCUCUUAACAAGGCCUGGUGUGUGAAUUGCUUCUCCUGCUCCACCUGCAACAUCAAACUUACACUGAAGAAUAAGUUUGUGGAGUUUGACAUGAAGCCUGUGUGCAAGAAGUGCUAUGAGAAAUUCCCUCUGGAGCUGAAGAAACGCCUGAAGAAGUUGUCAGAGCUGGCAUCCAAGAAGGCACAUCCCAAAGCUCUGGAUUUAAACUCUGCUUAAACAGGUCUGUCAGUCUACUGACUGCACUCUUACAGUCAUAAGCUGCUGCCCACAGCAGCUGUUGAUUACAGAGGUAAUUAGUAAGAACAAAUAAAACCAAAGAUUAGUACUUUCCCCAGCUUCUGGUAAUGCAGCUUGGAUCUUGACUGACUAUCCCUUUUUUGAAGCAAUUGUCUAUUAACACCAGCAGAAAGAGAAAUUAUUUCUCCUUUAUCAGUUCACAGACUGCUUAGUAAUUUGCUUAAUAAUUACUUAUUCUGCCAUUGAUGAAUUCUACACAGUUUUCCCUUCUUCAGUUGAACUGUAGUCCUCACUCCAGUUCUCUGUGGUCUAAGGAAUUUGGAAACAGUGGUUGAGUGUAAGGGUGGAAGAGAUGUGUUAUCUGGUCUUUUUCAGUUAAAGUAUAGAAAUUUCUCAUCCUGAGUGAUGUAAUUUUAAAUUUUUUUUUAAUGUGUAGACAAAUAUUCUGAAAGCUGUCACUCUGCUACCUGCAAAGUGUUCUGAUCUUUCUUUGUGUUCCCACUGAGCACAUACAGAUGCUGUGCAGACCUGGUUUUCAGGUUUACUGGGAAAGCCCAGCAACCAGUAGUUGUGGCAUCUGCAUUGCUUGUUUGUUUUGCUUAGGUCCAGUGUUAAGACAGCUGAAAAAGUUUGCAUUGCUGCUUCUCUGUACAGUGCUAAAGAGAUUUCAGUUGUCAAGACCAUGAUCAGUCACUUUGGAAGAGUUUGGGUCCUCCUGAAGGAAGAGGUGGCUAUGGAAAACAAAAGGUUGUUAGAAGCUGACACUAGUUUUCUCAAUUUUUCUCUACUACUACAUGAGUACUAGAGCUUCUAGUGGUCAACACAAAGCACCCUCUAUCCACUGGCAUAGCUGACAUUCCUUAGGCAGUGUGGCUGGAACCUUGUUUACUCUUUUGUGUGAUAAACUGGUACCAGAUUAUUAAUUUGAUUUUAAGUGCUUCACUUUCCCUGCCCUUCUCACGUUAUUUGAAAGAUAUGCUAGUUGGUCAUGCUCCAGAAAGCCCAAUUACAUGAAGGGGACUCUAAUAUUUGCAGUUUGUAGCAAAUGUAGUCUUAUGCAGAGGGGAAAAAAAAAA